GUUGUGAACAACGUCUUCCCGUAGCUGAGCUGCAGCUUCGAAGAAGUUAAAACAGCAUUGCCAAGACAACUUGUUUCUCAUGCCUUCGAUUUAAGCAUAUGCAUUCAGACAAAUAUCCCAAUUGUCCCAUUACACAUAUUAAGACUAAUUUAAGUAAUUCGUCUGUUGGUUCUGCGAAGUUUAACAUCGUGGUUCAGUCGCUCUUGGUGUAGUGUGGCGCUAGCAGGCAAAUUGUCCCCCAUCGGUUUGUUUGUCUCGAUUUUGAAAGUAGUAGUGAUUUAGCCCCGAAAAUUAGCUGGUGAAUUAACACGUUGUCGCUGCUGAGGUCAAAUUUCUUGCAAACGACCAUUGAAAUGCAGUUUCGCCAAGACGGCCGCGUUUGAUCAUAAUCAUCCGACAUUUGGGUUGUCUGUCUAAAGUAGAACCUGAACAUAGAGGGUCAAGACUGAUUUAUACCCGUUGUUUGUGAUAAAUGGAUAUUGAGUCUAGCUUCCUGCACAUUAAGAUGCUAAACAUCGACAACAGCUUCCUGCAAAAUCGACGCCAACGUGAAACUACCGGCAUCAAGAAAUUGUACAACUCCUUUUUUGUUAUGUUUUAAAACCUCCAGUGCAUCAAUUCUGCAUUUUUGAACUGAUUUCUUGGUAGAUGGUAGGCUCGAUAUAGCCAUAGACACAUUGUUUUUUUUUAAUUCGGCUCAUUCCAAAUUCGCUAGUUGAGGUCGUUUAGAAAUCCUCACGCUUUCAAACUAGUAUCGCACUAGUCAGUUUCAUUCAUCGACUUCGUCGUCCUAUUAUGGAUUUUACAUUUUAUGCGAACUCUGAUGCACUAUUAAUCGAAACGUCGUCAACGAGCUCCAAGGAGUCGUGGGCGUUAUCCAACGGUAUCGUGAUGGACAGUGGAGAAGAGUAUUUCGGGUGGAACGCUUUGAAAAAUGUUGAAACCGCCGAAGGAAAGCCGCUCAACAAGAAGCGGAAAAUAUCGUCAGAUCUGCGCGAGGAUCAGCUCAGUACCAAACAGCCAAACAUCUUCAAGCUGUUGAAGGACCCGUUGGAGUUGGAUCAGAAAUUGGAGGCCGUUAAGAAGGUUGCACAUAAUGGAAAAGGUUCGACGAGAAUGCCUUCGCAAUGGAAUGUGGAAGACUAUGGAGAUAUCCAGCAGGAAAUCGACAAUUCCCUAAACCUGGAUGCGGAUUUAUCCGCAAAUCAUUAUUCCAGUGAGUCGAAGUCAGCAAUGAACAGUCUGAUGGUGUUCAAACAGGAAGCUCUGUCUCCCACAAUGAACGAGGUGGCUCAUUCACAGGCUCGUCACAAUCGGCAAAGCCCUACAUCGACACAGAAAGGAGCCAUGGUGAAUCCGAUCAACAGCACCAUGGAGGAGAACAGCCAGAACAUGUUCAACAGCACAAUCAAUCAGCUUUUGAGCCAAAGUGCCUUGGUUAAUUUGCACAGCGUUAUUGAUAACAACAAUUUGUCUACAUCGCCACAUUCCCAGGACAACUUUGGAGUCUCUUCCACCAAUAAUUACAGUUCGCUGGAAGAUUGUCGAUUCCAGUAUGUUUUGGCGGCCGCCACCAGCAUUGCCACCAAACAGAAUGAGGACACUUUAACAUACUUGAAUCAGGGACAGAGCUAUGAGGUCAAAUUGAAGAAAUUGGGCGAUUUGUCCAUGUAUAGAGGCAAAUUGCUAAAG